UGGUUUAAGGGUUCCACCACGCGCUGUUUCUCAGUUCGGGCACCUGAGCGUGUCCUGGUUGGCGCGGUAGGGACCUAUUUGAGAUAGGAACCACUUCCUGAAGCGCGAGGCAGGAAGUUAUCUGCUACCUCUGGAGUCCGGUGGAGAAAGCGCUGUCUGCCGCAUUGUGACGGCGAAAGCUGAAGAUAUGUUGAGAGACAGGCCUUUUGGUCGCCCUCCUUCGCUCCACGCCCCCAGCUAGAAGCCGGUUUUCAUCACAGCACCACGGCCCGGGUGUCCAGUCCUGAGCCCGGCGUGGCUGCCCCGAAGCCUCCUUCGGGUUCCUUGAAGCCGCUCCCAGGGGCACCUUCCCAAGCACCGCCUGGACCACCAGCCAGCGGACUGGCUCCCUUCAGCACUCUGGACCGCAGUAAGAAGUUUCCUUAUCGCUCCACGCCCUGUCCGUUCUCCACAGACCACGGAGACCCUGGUCCAGGACGACUGCCUUGAACCCGGGACUAGAACGGAUCCAAAACGCUUAGCCUCGGCCCACCACAGGCUGGACUCUGCAUCGUCCCUGGUAUGUCUCCCACCAUCUCCCACAAGGACAACAGUCGGCAACGGCGGCCGGGGACUUUCAAUCAUUCCCUGGAUAUGAAGACCGGUCCUCUGCCCCCCGGCAGCUGGGAUGACAGUCAGCCAGACUCGGUGGGCGGGGAGGAGGACAAAGAAGCGCUUCUGAGGGACGCUGACCCUGGUGACUUGAAAGCCCCGCGGAGCUGUCGAGCCGAAAUAAGCAGCAUUUUGCUACUGCUCUUUCUUUACGUUCUUCAGGGCAUCCCCUUAGGCCUGGCGGGAAGCGUCCCACUCAUUUUGCAGAGCAAAAAUGUUAGCUAUACAGACCAAGCCUUCUUCAGUUUUGUCUUUUGGCCCUUCAGUCUCAAAUUGCUCUGGGCCCCGUUGGUUGAUGCAGUUUACUUCAAGAACUUCGGUCGUCGCAAGUCUUGGCUUGUCCCGACACAGUAUGUACUAGGACUCUUCAUGAUAUUUUUAUCCACCCAAGUGGAUCGUUUGCUCGGGAAUACCGAUGGCAGAACACCUGAUGUCCUUACUCUCACUGUGACAUUCUUUUUAUUUGAGUUCCUAGCCGCCACUCAGGACAUCGCUGUGGAUGGUUGGGCGUUAACGAUGUUAUCCCGGGAAAACGUGGGUUAUGCUUCCACUUGCAAUUCAGUGGGCCAAACGGCAGGCUACUUUUUGGGCAAUGUUUUGUUUUUGGCCCUUGAAUCUCCCGACUUUUGUAAUAAAUAUUUGCGGUUUCAACCUCAACCCAAGGGAAUCGUUACUCUUUCAGAUUUUCUCUUUUUCUGGGGAACUGUAUUUUUAAUAACAACGACUUUAGUUGCCCUUCUGAAAAAAGAAAACAAAGAAAUAUCAGUAAAAGAAGAAACACAAGGGAUCACAGAUACUUACAAGCUACUUUUUACAAUUAUAAAAAUGCCAGCAGUUUUUACAUUUUGCCUUCUGAUUCUAACCUCAAAGAUUGGUUUUUCAGCAGCAGAUGCAGUAACAGGACUGAAAUUGGUAGAAGAAGGAGUACCUAAAGAACAUUUAGCAUUACUGGCAGUUCCAAUGGUUCCUUUGCAGAUAAUAUUGCCUCUUAUUAUCAGCAAAUAUACUGCAGGUCCCCAACCACUAAACAUAUUUUACAAAGCCAUGCCUUACAGAUUGUUAUUUGGAUUAGAAUAUGCCCUACUAGUUUGGUGGACUCCUAAAGUAGAGCACCAAGGAGGAUUUCCUAUAUAUUACUAUAUUGUAGUGCUGCUGAGUUAUGCCUUACAUCAGGUUACAUUAUACAGCAUGUAUGUUUCCAUAAUGGCUUUCAACGCAAAGGUUAGUGACCCACUUAUUGGAGGAACAUAUAUGACUCUUUUAAAUACUGUGUCCAAUCUGGGAGGAAACUGGCCAUCUACAGUUGCUCUUUGGCUAGUGGAUCCCCUCACAGUGAAAGAGUGUGUAGGGGCAUCAAACCAGAAUUGUCGAACAGUUGAUGCUGUUGAGCUCUGCAAAAAACUUGGUGGCUCAUGUGUUACAGCACUGGAUGGUUAUUAUGUGGAAUCUGUUAUUUGUGUUUUUGUUGGAUUUUGUUGGUGGUUCUUUCUUGGACCAAAAUUUAAAAAGUUACAGGAUGAAGGACCAUCUUCAUGGAAGUGUAAAAGGAGCAAUUAGAGCAUAGACUGUUCGAUGUCCUAGAAGGUAAUUAUAGUUUGGUUUUAAUUGAGAGAGCUCUGAUAAUCAGUGCACAGGAAUAUAAAAUGUUAUUUUAAAUAAGGAAAUUAUCAAUAUAAAAUGCCAAAUGAUGAAAAAUAGAACCUCUCGGUAUGUUUAAUCAUAUUUUUGCUUUGCCUUGUUAAUGUAUUUGAAGUUUACUUAAAGUCAGGAAAUUUGUUCUCAAAGUUUUCUAGCAUUAUUAUUUGAUUUAUGUCUUCUUAAUUUACUGACCAAAGCAUGUUUUAAGCUGCAGUGUAGUAGUCAUGGGUGGUAACGGUACAGUCAAGUAUUGUUACCAGUACCUAUCAUUGAACUGUAAUUUAAAAUUUUGGUACAGUAUGUUAAAUGAAAGAGAGCUUGAUAUUCAGAAACUAACUACAACUAAUCUGAUCUUGUUGGCAGUUAAAAAUGUUUUUUUGAAUUGUAAAUUGGUUAAAUUUCUUGCAGAAUUUGCUGAGAAGAGACUAGACUACUGAAACAUCAUUUAAUUGAUUUCUGACCAUAACCAUAUUGUACAAAUGCAUCUGUGUGAAAAAGACUAUUUUAAAUGUAUUUCCUGCUUUUGUAAGCAUUACAGAUUUAUAAGAAGAUAAUUCAAACUAUUUUUUAUAAAAUGAAAGCUACACGUUUUUAAUUUAUUGAUUUCUCCCACCCCAUCUCCUUUUUUUUU